AUGGAUAAUAAAUUUAAUCAGUAUAAUGAAUUCCAAAAUAAAGAUGGACAAAUUAAUGAUGACAUAUUAUCAAUUUCAACUAAUGAGAAUGAAGAUUACAGUGGAACUUCAUUGCAUUAUGAAACAACGAAAAUAAAUGGCAUGGUAAGAAUACCAUUAUCAUCAUUAACCCAAAAAAUAAUUGGCUGUGAAGUUGGUGAAAAUGUGACGACAGAAUAUCCCUGGAUUCUCAUAAGAAAACAAAUAAUUGAAGACAACAUUUACCUACAUCCAGAAUCCAGUGAUUUUUUACCAAUUAAAAAUGAAAUAUAUAAUUAUCCAGGUCAUGAUGUACUAAUUGGUUAUGCACCAACAUCAUUUAAUCAGCAAAAAUUUUAUAUUUGUUUAACGGAAAAUAGUCGUGAUGAGGUUACACGAGAAAUUAAUAAGCUUCGAAAUGACCAGGAAAAUCGUGUUAAAAAGGCAGUAUUUAAAACAAGUGGUUCAUGGAAUGAUUUUGGAAGUUCAUCAGAAAUUAUUAGCCCACAAGAUAUAAAUAAAAGACCACUGAUUGACAUACAAAUAACUGCUAGUUGUAAUAAAAAAAUUAAUUUGAUUGAUCGUAAUGCUGAUGAACAAAGAGACAGUUAUAUUGAAAUUGUAAACACAAGGUAUACCUUCAACAACAUAAUUAGAAAACAGAUAUCACGUGGUGAUCAAAUAACUCCAAUAGUACAUGAUGACAAAGCUCAAACAACAACUUCAAGUCCGCUUAACUCAUGGUCACAAUAUUUGUACAGUUACAAAACAAUUGACAAUAUAUCAAGUAAAGAAAUUAAAGAUUUUUUUCAGCUACAUAUUGAUAAUAUUUAUGAUCAAAUUUUACAAAAUUCAAAAUGGGAUUUACAUAUUAAUGAGUAUGAUAGACUUGUUAAAGAUCCAAAAGAUUCACAAGCACCAAUACCAAUAACAUACAAGCCAUAUCAAAAUUAUCAUUAUGCUAAAUUAACUAAAAAUAAAAUAAUAAAUGAUCUUAGUUGGCAUCCAUUGUUGACGGGUAUUGCAAUUGCAGCAUACUGUCAAAAUUCAAAGUCGGAAAUAUUCACGAAAUUAUAUUCACCAAAUGAGAUUCAAAUUGCCAGUCAAGAUGAAAAUUACGUAUUGGUGUGGUCUUUCAGUGACUGUCUUGCACCAAAAUUAAUCCUAGAAUGUCCUCGUGAAGUAACAACAGUGUCAGUCAGACCACUUGAUGGUAAUAUAAUUAUUGGAGGAUGCAUCAAUGGACAGAUUGCAAUUUGGUCAAUUCCUCGUGAAAUUGAUAAAAUUGAAAAUGUCGAAAUAUUAACAACCACACAAAUGGAAAAUAAAAAUAGAUUGAACAAUUUAAUGAACUGGGUUAAAAAUAUAAAUGGUACUGGUAAAAUUUAUCCAACAAUUAUGUCAUCAUUGCGUAAUAGUCAAAAAGGUGAAAUUACGGAAAUUAUUUGGCUAUCAAGUCACAGUAAAAUAAGUGAAAAUGGAAGAAUUGUUGAAGUUGAUAAUAACGUUGAUAGUGAAGAACUCGGAUGGCAGUUUGUAACAUCAAGUGAAGACGGCAGUUUGGCCUUUUGGGAUUUGAGUAUGAAAAAAGAAACAGAGCUAGAAAAAUUGAUGCGAAAAAAGAAUGAAAAAAAAAAAAAAAUAAUACGAAAACCAGAAUCAUUAAAGCAACUGAUUUCACAAUUCAAGAUACUAAACAAUGUAUUUAGUCCAACGUAUAUAUUAACAUUAAAGUAUCCAGAUAAAGAAAUACGAGUUGUAAUUACGACAAUGAGUUUUUAUGUACCGGAAAUUAAAAAAAUUCAAGUUGAGCCAUUUCCAAUUAAUGAAAAUGAUGUAUCAAGAAGAAGGCAUUACAAAGCAAUUGUUAACAAGCCAAAUUAUGAGACACCGAGAAUUAUACUUGUUGGUACAUUGACUGGUGAUAUUGGACAAAUAACAUGGGAGGGUUUUGAAUUUGCAACUGGUCUAACAAUGAAUCGUGAAGCAACACGAUGGAUUUGGAAAAAUUCAAGUGUUCAUAAUGGACCAGUUACUCAUAUGGUACGAUCAAAAUAUUUAAAUAAUGUUGUUCUUACUGUUGGUGGUGGUGCAUUUGCUGUAUGGCGUGAAGAUUUUGAUGAACCUGUUUUUAUGAAAACAUCAUCUACAUUCAAUUAUAGUGCUUGUUCAUGGGGAACAUUUCGUCCAACUGUUAUGAUUCUUGGACGUGAUGACGGUACAGUUGAAAUUUGGGAUCUUAUUGUCAAGUCACACGAGCCAUGCUUUACUCAAAGUGUCUCUGGUGGUAUUAUAACUGGAAUAUACACUCAUAAUCUCUAUCUUAAUCCACAAUGCAUUGCACUUUGUGAUUUUAAUGGUGCUAUGAGAAUUUUUUUAGCACCAUCAAAUUUACUUAUAUUUGAAGAGAGCCACGUUAAUUGGUUUCGUCAAUACAUUGAUUCUGAAGUUGAAAGGAUCAUACAGUUCAAUAGAUGGCAAAACUUUUGGACGGAAAGUAACGUCAAGAGCAUUGAGCAAAACAGGAUACGAGAAGUAAAAAAACCAGAACAAAAACGAAUUGAUGCUGUGGAAAAGACUCAAACGGAAAUGGCAGAAUUGACUGAGAAAAUCGGCUUGAAAUCACUUGAAAAACGAAAACCCGGUGAAUUUUUGGAGCAAGCUAAAGCACAAUGGAAAAAAAUUGAAUUGCAACGAAUGCAACGAGUUAUUUUAGAAAAAAAAGGCUUAAGACCAGAAGAUCUUGAGAGGCGAAGGGAACCAGUACUUAAGCUAAGAAAAGAAAAUAAAAUAAAACAACUAAAAAUUCGGACAGCCAUGUUACAACAAGAUAAAAUAUUUUCUGAUGGAAUUGCUAAAUUUAUACCUGAAAAAAUACGUCAAAGUAAUGUUAAAUAUAAAACUGACAAUGCAAUCAUUGAAGAUAUUGAAAAUAAAGAAAGACCAAAUUUAAAACAAGAAAUACUACGAGAAUAUGAAGAGGUAUCUAAAAGUGCAAUGGAAAAAUUGAAAAAUUUUGAAUUCAAAGAUCCAUUUGAUUGGCAAAAAAUGAUAACAGAAGGAAAAGAACGAAGACAAUCAAUUGAUGUUGAAUUAAAUCAAGUACUUGCGAAAAGAUUAAAUUCUUUAGAUUAA